CUCCCAGGGAGGGCCCUGCCUCCCCCCUCGGCUCUCUCGUAGUCUGGCGGCCCCGGGGCUUCCUGACAGCCCUGGGCUGAGUCCCUUCCCAUCCGGGACCCUCCCCCUCGCCCUCCGAGGAGGCGCGGACCCUGCCGCUGCAUUCCCCUGAAAAGGGGGCUGCAUUCUGCCGUCUCCUCACGCCCACAGAGACAGCCGAGAGCUGCACGGUCUUGUUUUGCCCUCUUUUCCAACUCUUAGGGAGCCUUCUGACCUCCUCCGCCAGUUCCUACGGGUCUCUGCCCUUUCCCCCGUCCACGCUCGCAGGGAGACACCCCUCAGCCCCACUCAGCCUGGGCCUGGGUCGCUGCCUGCGGGGCCGGGGGCCCUUCCCGACCGGCCCUCCGCUCUGAUACCCCUCACCCUCCGUCCUCUUCCCCUCGGGCCCCUGGCACCCCUUGCAGCCCCCGCCUAACCAGGGGCCAUGGAUACGCCCCACCGCGGGAUGUGAGCCCCUUUCACUGUAAUGCUGUGGCUGGCCUUUGGCCCCUUGCCUGCCAUGGAGAACCAGGUGCUGGUGAUUCGCAUCAAGAUUCCAAAUAGGGGCGCCGUGGACUGGACGGUGAACUCCGGCCCGCAGCUGCUCUUCAGGGAUGUGCUGGAUGUGAUAGGCCAGGUUCUGCCUGAAGCAACAACCACAGCAUUUGAAUAUGAAGAUGAAGAUGGUGAUCGAAUUACAGUGAGAAGUGAUGAAGAAAUGAAGGCAAUGCUGUCAUAUUACUAUUCCACAGUAAUGGAACAGCAAGUAAAUGGACAGUUAAUAGAGCCUCUACAGAUCUUUCCAAGAGCCUGCAAGCCUCCUGGGGAACGGAACAUACAUGGCCUGAAGGUGAAUACCCGGGCCGGACCCUCUCAACACAGUAGCCCAGCAGGCUCAGAUGCACUUCCAAGCAAUAGCUUAAAGAAGUCUUCUGCUGAACUGAAAAAAAUAUUAGCCAAUGGUCAGAUGAAUGAACAAGACAUACGGUAUCGAGACACUCUUGGUCAUGGCAACGGAGGCACAGUCUACAAAGCAUAUCACGUCCCAAGUGGGAAAAUCCUAGCUGUAAAGGUCAUACUACUAGAUAUUACACUGGAACUUCAAAAGCAAAUUAUGUCUGAAUUGGAAAUUCUUUAUAAGUGUGAUUCAUCGUAUAUCAUAGGAUUUUAUGGUGCAUUUUUUGUAGAAAACAGGAUUUCUAUAUGUACAGAAUUCAUGGAUGGAGGAUCUUUGGAUGUAUAUAGAAAAAUUCCAGAGCAUGUUCUUGGAAGGAUUGCAGUAGCAGUUGUUAAAGGCCUUACCUAUCUGUGGAGUUUAAAGAUUUUACAUAGAGAUGUGAAGCCCUCCAAUAUGCUAGUAAACACCAGAGGGCAGGUCAAGCUGUGUGAUUUUGGAGUUAGCACUCAGCUGGUGAAUUCUAUAGCCAAGACGUAUGUUGGAACAAAUGCUUAUAUGGCACCUGAAAGAAUUUCAGGGGAGCAGUAUGGAAUCCAUUCUGAUGUCUGGAGCUUAGGAAUCUCAUUCAUGGAGCUUGCUCUUGGGAGGUUUCCAUAUCCUCAGAUUCAGAAAAACCAGGGAUCUUUAAUGCCUCUCCAGCUUCUGCAGUGCAUUGUUGAUGAGGAUUCGCCCGUCCUUCCGGUUGGAGAGUUCUCCGAGCCAUUUGUACAUUUCAUCACUCAGUGCAUGCGAAAACAGCCAAAAGAAAGGCCGGCACCUGAGGAAUUGAUGGGCCACCCGUUCAUCAUGCAGUUCAACGAUGGAAACGCCACCGUGGUGUCCAUGUGGGUGUGCAGGGCACUGGAGGAGAGGCGGAGCCAGCAGGGGCCCCCCUGAGGCCUCAGAGGGGUGCUGAAAGCCCAGGACUGGUCUCCCAGGGGAAACCCCACCUGUCACGCCCCUUCCCAGUUGCUGUCUGCAGCAGAAGAGCUUUGCUGGGCCCGAGCUUCCCUGCUCUCACCUUCAACUCUGCCAGCAGUGCCCUUGCCUGGGGAGCCAUCACCGGCCAGCCCUGGCCGGGGUGAAGCCCUGCCCCCUCCGGUCUGGAGGCACUGACUGAGGGAAGGGUAGAGGGGUGGAGGCGUUGAGAAUAGAGGCUCCUGUGCCCCCACCCCUCUUCCUUUUUCCUAACAUUUUUAUUUGGAAAGGGUCAAGCGCCAUCAGCAUCACUGAUGGGAAUAAAAGUGUUACUGCUUUGUGACUGCC